AUGGGGGCAGCCAUCUCCCAGGGGGCCCUCAUUGCCAUCAUCUGCAAUGGCCUUGUAGGCCUCUUGUUGCUGCUGCUCUGGGCCAUUCUCUGCUGGGCCUGCCACUCCCGCUCCACCGACAUUGACUCCCUCUCUGAAUCCAGUCCCAACUCCAGCCCUGGCCCCUGUCCUGAGAAGGCACCCCCACCCCAGAAGCCCAGCCAUGAAGGCAGCUACCUGCUGCAGCCCUGA